AUGAAACAUAAGUUGGGAGUUUGGGAAACGAUCGAUGCCUGGCUAGGCUGGGUCUCUGUUGGGGCAACAGUCGUAUCUGCUGCUAUAUUCGGUCCUUUUCGUGGUCCAUCCGGGGCAGAUAGCUAUCCUCACCACGUCAUCCAAGCCACAGUCAAAAAAGUAGCUUUUCCUAUCGCAAGCAUGACUUUACAUGAAUCGAAUGCUUACCAACAUCUACAGCUUACUAAGUAUUGUGAAAAGAUCGGCGUCAAGCCUAACUUCGUUUCUAACGAGCGCGGCUUAAAAGGGUUCUGGCUUGGUUCACCAACUGCAAAGUACGUUGUGAUCAACUUCCACGGUGGAGGAUUUGCCAUGGAUGCAACUGCACCGUAUCUCGAUUUUUGGCCUGGCGUGGCAAGCGCACUUGCCGAUGAGAGUAUCAGUACCGGCUGGUUCAAUGUGACCUAUACCUUGGCACCACAUGCUACAUAUCCAACACAAUUUCGCGAGGCAGUCGAAGCUCUACGGUAUGUCAUUGAAGAACUUGGACGAUCCCCCUCGGAGAUUAUCCUUGCUGGCGAUUCCGCGGGAGCAAAUUUGUGUCUUGCACUUCUGUCCCACCUGUCCCAUCCAUCUGAAGAUGCGCCGCCACUAGCAAUCAGUGCUCCGCUCAAAGCCGUGGUUCUUCUGUCACCUUGGCUUUCCUUCCGCCAGGAUUGGCCUACCAUGAAGCUUAAUGAGCAUAAAGACAUUGACGACCGGAAAGUGCUAGAACGGUUGAAACAGGGAUAUUUGCAUGGGAGAUCCACGAACUAUUAUGUUGAAGCACUCGAGGCACCUGAAACCUGGUGGCAAGACGCCCAAGUGGAGCACACUUUGGUUCUUGCAGGAGGAGAUGAGAUGCUCCUGGAUUCUAUUAAGGCGUGGUUCAAGAAAUUCAGCAAAGUGAAACCUGAAACAACUUUGAUUGUUGGUCAGAAUGAGUGUCACGUUGCACCUCUUAUUUGGCCGUUGUUUGCCGACAAGCAUGAAACCGAACAGGGUCUUGCUUUGAAGGCCUGGCUUAUUGAGCGGUUACGUAUAUAA